AUGACGAAACGUACAGCGGGCCAUCGCGGCAACUCGACUAGAUCGAUCCUGAUAGGUCUAGCCAUCAGUCUCGCAGGCUUCGUGUACGGCAUCGAUACCGGUAUCAUCGCAUCGACCAUUGCACAAAAGACAUUCAAGCUGUACAUGUAUGGAUCCUCGCUGGAUAAUGCUUCUGUGAGGGCUGGCAUCGUAUCCGGAUACUAUGCUGGAUACGCCUUUGGUAGUGGUGGCUCAGCCUACACCAUGGACAGGAUUUCUCGGCGGUGGACCCUUCUUCUGGGUGCAACUGCCAGCGUCAUCGGGGCCAUUCUUCAGACUGCCGCUGUGAACCCAGCCAUGAUGAUCGUUGGUCGCGCCUUCUCUGGCUUCUCGACCGGCAUGGUCUACCCUACGGCUCCGGUCUACUUGGCCGAGUUGAGUCUCCCCGAGAACCGCGGAUUCCUCGUGGGUUUGAAAGGCUUGAUGAAUACUCUAGGCUUUUUUGCUGCUGGCUGGGUUGGUUACGCUGGCUCAUUCGCUGUCGGUGACCUGCAAUGGCGGGUACCACUGGCUACCCAGAUCCCUCCAGCGCUCUGCCUUGCCAUCAUGACCAUCUUCCUCCCUUACUCCCCGCUGGCCUCCAAAGAGCGAUACGAUGAAGCCAAACAGGUCAUGUACACCCUUCACAAGCACCGCGGCUCUGAGGUCAUAGAAAGAGAGUUCGCCGAAAUGUGUAGUCAAAUUCAACUGGAGUCAGAAAAGAAGAAGAACGUCAUUACCAACUUCCUGAACCUAUUCACGCGCAAAUACAUCCGUCGCACUCUCCUUGCCUGCCUCACAGUCAACAUGAUGAAGCUCUCUGGUUCAAACAUCAUCCAGAACUACCAAUCCAUCAUGUACAACUCUCUCGGUUACGAAGGACAGACUGUGCUCCUCAUCGGAGCUCUGUACGGUUUCAUGGCUGUCAUUGGCCAGAUCAUCAACGUGUUCUUCGUUGCCGAUCACUGGACCCGGCGCGUCACGGUAAUCUCUGGUAGCUACUGUCUGGCCGUAUUGCUCGCAGUUUUGACGGCGCUCUCAGAGCGGUUCCCAGAGGGCUCUAACCCAGCAGGCUCUCGGGCGGGAGUGGCGUUCAUCUUUCUCUUUGUCUUCGCCUACUCCUUCUUCUUCAACAGCGUCAACUGGGUCCUUGUCGCAGAGAUCUUCCCUCUCGAUCUUCGCGGUGUUGGCGUCGGCUUCUCUGUCUUCACGCAAUCGAUCACGGCGAUCUGGCUUUCAUACGCAGCAUCCAUCGCUUUUGAUGAGAUCUCGUGGAAAUUUUACUUUGUCUUCAUUACUUGCAACCUAUUCGCGGGAACCAUUUACUUCUUCUUCUUGCCAGAGACGCGGUUCCUAUCUCUCGAGGAGGUUGCGGCUAAGUUCGGAGACGAAAUUGUGAUAGCUCCCUCGAAGGACGUAGAGUUCGAUGAGAAGAACGUCACAUCGACUGAGAAGGUAGAGGUAUCAUCUGACCACGUCGAGGGCUCGCGGCGAUGA